UGGAACGACAUGGAUGUUAACCAGCAUGUUAACAACGCAAAAUACACCAGAUGGAUCUCGGAGAGCGUGCCAAGAAAAAUGUUAGAAGAUUACAAGAUGACAAGCAUGAUCUUAGAAUUUCGGCGUGAAUGUACGCAUUCAGAUAUACUGGAAUCAAUGACAAGUGCAUCAGCCAAAGUGAUUGGUGCCUCAAACAAUAAGUAUGUUAGCAGAAAACCCCAGCUGCAAUUUAUACACUUGCUUCGUCUACAAGACAAUAAGACGGAGUUGGUUCGUGCCAGAACCGAAUGGAAUCUCAAGCAAAACCACACAUGA